AUCCCCGCGGGCGGGAAGGGGGCGGGCCGAGCCGGGCCGAGGCGGAGGAUGCAGGCGGCGGUGCUGGGCGUCUGGGCCCUGCUGCUGGCGGCCGAGCAGAGCGCGCGACUCUGCAGCCCCAUCUACUACUUCGCCACAGGCCGCUGUCUGUGGGGGUGGCUGGGCCUGGGCCUGCAGCUGCCCGGCCUGCUGGUCCAGGGCCUGAGCUACCUGUGGUUCCGGGAGGACCGAGACGGCCGCGGAGGCUGCGGGCUGCUGCUGCUGCUGCAUCUGCUUCAGCUGGGCGUGUGGAAGCGGCACUGGGAUGCGGCGUGGACGCUUCUGUGCGGGGGCUGCGGGGGCCCAAGCCAGCUGCCACCGCUCCAGGGUGCCGCCCUGGGGACCCUGCGCCUGCUCGAGGCCCUGCUGCAGGCCACGCCGCACCUGCUGCUGCAGACCUACAUCCUCCUCAGCCCGGGCCCCGGGGCCGUCGUGCCAGGGGUGAGUGCCCUGUGUGCCUGGCUGUCGCUGUCCUGGACGCUGGCCUGCUACACACAGUGCCUGGGUGCCAUGAGGCGGGGCGGCCCCCCGGCGCCCUGGGCGGCCCUGCUGUGCCAGUUGCUCUGGAGGAUGGGCAUGCUGGCCGCCCGCACCCUCAGCCUGGUUCUCUUCUGCAGAACUUACCGCCUCUGGGUGUUGGUUAUCACAGGUGCCCACUGGCUGGGCGUGACCUUCUGGCUGGUGGCACAGCAGAGUGACGUGGUGCACAGCACCUGCCACUGGAGGCUCUUCAACCUGCUCGUGGGCGCCGUGGGCGUCUUCUGCUACCUGAACUUCUGGGGCGGCCCCUCCGGACGCCGCGUGGCUGCCUUCUACACGGUGAUGUCACUGGAGAACGUGGCCCUGCUCCUGCUGGCCACCAACCUCCUGCAGUGGCCACCAUCGGGCAGUUUGUGGCCGGCCGUCAGCGCCUUGCUGGGGACCCUCAUUGGCGGUGUGGCGCUGGGCCUAUACUACAGCUGGCUGCACCCGGAGUCCACAGCCAUCCGGUCACGCUUCCUCAGGUCCCUCUGUGGCCGGGCGGGGGGUGACAGUGCGGAUGGGGGUCCUUCUCGGGGCGGCCUGGGCGCCAACGUCAAGGACAGCCAUGAGCCAGCGAGUGUGCAGAAGCCGCUGCCGGCCUCAGGCUGCCCCCACGGCUGGGCUGGGAGCCAGGUUUCCGGGGUACCCUCUGCCCCCCAACACCACUGGUUGCUGGUGAAGCUGGCGCUGAAGACAGGAAACCCAGCCCGGCUUGGGGCGGUGCUCGGAGGCCAUCCUGCUGGCGGCUGCUGUCCUGCCACAUGGCACAAAAGCCACCUCUCCCCCACAAAGAGGAUGCCCCUGUCUUCCCAGCGAGCACCCCCGUCCUCACCCCCUGAGGACCUGGUGGCAGAGAGAGCAGCGGGCAGCCCACCAGAAGCCUCGAGUUAUAUCUCCUUUGUCAGCAAUGAUCGGCACAAAGGAUCCACCUCAAGUCUGGAAGACAGUCCCUGUGGGGGCAAGGGUGGGCCCACUCUUUACUUCAGUGCCACGGCUGGAGGGACCACGCCUGACGGAACCGUGGCUGGUGGAACCAUGGCUGACGGGACCACAGCUAAGGAGACCACAGCUAGCGGGACCACGGCUGGCGGGAUCACAACUGGCAGGACCACGGCUGAUGGGACCACGGCUGGCAAGACCACGGCUGGCGGGACCACGGCUGAUGGGACCAUGGCUGAUGGAACCACAACUAAUGGGACCACGGCUGGCGGGACCACGGCUGAUGGGACCAUGGCUGAUGGAACCACAACUAAUGGGACCACGGCUGGCGGGACCAUCACAGAUGAUGCCAUGGCUAAGAGGACAAAAGCUCAUGGGGCCACGCCCUCACCCCGAGAUGGACAGCUCAUGAAACAGACCCCCCCCUCCAGAAAGAGGCUGGGGGAUGGUGGCCAGGCCCAGCCGGCCCCCCACUCCUUUCCCGUGGCCAUGGCCAGCAUCAGCCCCAUCCGCUGCCCGGCGAGCAGCUUGUGCCACGGCAGCUGCAGGGCACACUCAGAGCAAGGGGCGCAGCCAGGGGAACCCGCGGGGCACCUGAGUCCCCCGAGGGCAUGGCCCGGGGUGAGCCUGAGGCCAGCAGAUCAGCCAUGCCUCACGUCCACCCCCAAACCUGAGUGCCCGCCCAGGGUGCACAGCCAGACAGAGGGGCAGACGGCCCAGGCAGAUGCUGUGUGACCCACCCAGGGGCACCGGACAUUCUCUGCAGCCCCCAAGCCCAUGUCCCACCACAGUGCAGAAAAGACCCGUCAGCAGGGCGCCGUGUCCUGCACCAGCUCAGGGUCGGGGCCAACCCUGUGUGCCCCUCACCACCGUGGUUCUGGCUCUUGCUCAGAGAAAGUCCUUGGGUCAGGCUGUGGCUCUUUGGGUGACACCCACAGAUGGAGCCCACAAACAAAGUCAAGAGAACAACAUAAGGCUCUUUUGUGGGGCAGGAGGGAGUCAGGCCACACCCAGCAUGGCUGGGGUGAGGGAGGGAGUCAGGCCACACCCAACAUGGCUGACAGGGUGGGUGGGAGUCUGGCCACACCCAACAUGGCUGACA